CCGGGCCCAACAUAUGAUUCUCCAACAAAACCCCUCAAAAUUUUAGGGUUUGCGCUUCAAAUCAUCAUCUUCUUCUUCUUCCUUCUGCGUUCUCUGAUCUCCAUUCUUCACCAUGAGCAGGUCAGGUCAGCCGCCGGAUUUGAAGAAAUACAUGGACAAACAGCUUCAAAUCAAGCUGAAUGCAAAUCGUAUGAUUGUUGGUACUCUUCGUGGGUUUGACCAGUUUAUGAAUUUGGUUGUUGACAAUACUGUUGAGGUCAAUGGCAAUGAGAAAAAUGAUAUAGGGAUGGUGGUAAUCCGUGGAAAUAGUGUGGUUACUGUAGAGGCACUUGAACCUGUGAACAGGAGCAUCUGAUUUCUGUUUCUUGUGAACAUUUAUAACUAAAUUGUAAGGUUUCAAGUUUCAACACAAACUGUGAUAUUGCUGGGAUCUCAAUAUGAUUGUUUUAGCACCUAAUCUGAGGUUAUGUUUCUGGUUGAGUUUCAACAGAAUGGUUUUUUUUUGUGAUAUCUAAUUCUUCCAAACACCCUGUAAUGACAUGUUAGUUGAGAGUGAAAAAAAGUAUGUGAGGAGGUUCUUUUAGGGGACCAGGAUUGUAGCUAAUUGCAGUUUUCCCUUUGUUGUUACUUGAGCAAUGUGCUUUUCUUCAGCCCCUUUUUCACCUCUUAUGUCACAGUAAAUGUACUUGUAAGGAUUAAAUGGUGGAUGUGUUUGAUUAAAAUUGUUAUAUCUCCAAACUAAUCAGAAAAUGUUAUAGUUUGUCAUUGA